GGCUGUAGACGGCGCCAUAUUGAAGAAUAGGGGUCUUUUCGUAAUACGGUCAAAACAUCAUAUUUACCAAAAUGCUGUACUUAGAGGAUUACCUCGAAAUGAUCGAGCAGCUACCCAUGGAUCUCCGCGACAGGUUUACGGAAAUGCGGGAGAUGGACCUGCAAGUACAGAAUGCAAUGGACCAGCUGGAGCAGCGGGUUAAUGAGUUUUUUAUCAACGCAAAGAAAAACAAACCCGAGUGGAGGGAGGAACAGAUGGAAGUCAUCAAAAAGGACUAUUACAAAGCAUUGGAAGAUGCUGAUGAAAAAGUCCAGUUAGCUAAUCAGAUUUAUGAUUUGGUGGACCGUCACCUGAGGAAGCUGGAUCAGGAACUGGCCAAGUUCAAGAUGGAGUUGGAGGCUGACAACGCUGGCAUUACAGAAAUCCUAGAGAGACGAUCACUGGAAAUGGACAGCCCCUCCCAGCCUGUCAAUAACCACCAUGUCCACUCACAUGCCACCGUAGAGAAGCGGAAAUACAGCACGCCGGCUCAUCACACCACCGAGCACGUACCUGAGAAGAAGUUUAAAUCCGAGGCCCUGCUCUCCACGCUCACAUCAGACGCCUCCAAGGAGAACACACCAGGCUGCAGGACAAACAGUACGUCCUCCUCUUCAAACAGUGUGUAUAACGUGAACACAUCUCAGUCUCUCUCCUCCUAUAACCUGAGUUCUCUACCUGCUGGACCAGCUGCCGGAGCUGGGGCUAUUACCAUGGCAGCAGCCCAGGCAGUACAGGCCACAGCACAGAUGAAGGAGGGUAGGAGAACGUCCAGUAUGAAGGCCAGCUAUGAGGCCAUUAAGAAUAAUGAUUUCUUGGGUCGGGAAUUCUCGUUGAGCCGAGACUCCACGGGCUACUCCACCUCUGCCUUGGCCACCACCCUCACCCAGACUCUCACUCCCAGUGCCACCUCUGACUCCCGCAGCGGCGGACGCAAGACCAAAGGCAACACAAAGUCUUCCAACCACCAGUCCUCUUCAUCCUCAUCCUCUUCCUCACUGUCGUCCUGCUCGUCAUCCUCUGCUUUGGCCCAUGAGCUGGUGCAGCAGGUGACCACACUGCCUGAGAAUGACAGCAACAACCAGGUGGACUGGACCUAUGACCCCAAUGAGCCCCGAUACUGCAUCUGCAACCAGGUUUCUUAUGGUGAGAUGGUGGGCUGUGAUAAUCAGGAUUGUCCCAUCGAGUGGUUUCACUACGGCUGUGUGGGCCUGACCGAAGCACCCAAAGGGAAGUGGUACUGCCCUCAGUGCACAGCCGCCAUGAAGAGGAGAGGCAGCAGGCAUAAAUAGACCCUCUGUCCCAAACCCGAACGCCUCUCUCCCCCUAGUGUAUGUGUGUUUCUGUUGUCACACAACAGUGUAUGUGUGUGAGUGUUUGUGUGUGUUGUAAUGCAACAGUGUGUGUAUGUGUGUUGUGUAAGGGAGUGAGGAGGAGCAAGGGUUAGAACCGGCCAGAUUUGUCCAGGGUGAUUUUGUCAUGUUCCAUAAGUCCUCAGGGGAGAGGGGGUGAUGGAUAUUUUGUAAGGGGGAGAGAGAGAACAGUCACGCAUCCAAUACUCAGACAUUCCCCAGCCUGCCUCGCACCAUGGUGGUGGGUCACAACCCCAUGAACACUCAGCCUGAAGUACCCUGUUUAUCCACACACACACAGACGAUGAUGACCCAGACUGGGCAAAACAGUCUCACCGGACACACCGUCAGUCCAAGGAACUCGUUGAGUGCACGUCUGAAGUGGAGGUUGAGUCUGAUAGUCAUGCGUAUGAUUACAGUGAAUAUUCCAUGAUAAGAUAGUUGAUGUUUACCAGUAAGGAUUUUGAUGGUUACUGGUGACCCAUGUUGGUUAGGUUACUUUUGUUGCUCUGAUUGAUGAAGGACUUGAUUGUCCUACAUAAGGAAGAGCUCUUAAUGUAUAAUAGAGAGAACAAAGUGAUGAUUCAGGCCUGUGUGUAUGUAAGUCUGUAAGUAUGUGUGUCUGUGUCAAUACUCUGGCCUGCACUGAAAUGGUAAUUCAAAGUUUCCAGAGAUGUAGAAAAAAUAUCAA